CGCUUCCGCCGCCGCCGCCGCCCUGGGCCGGGCGGGCCCGGCGGGGCCGAGCGGGCGGCGGGGCCGCCAUGAAGCCGAGCGGAGAGGAGCCGGUGCUGCUGGCGGAGCUGAAGCCGGGCCGGCCCCAGCGCUACGAUUGGAAAUCCAGCUGCGAGACCUGGAGCGUCGCCUUCUCCCCCGACGGGGCCUGGUUCGCCUGGUCCCAGGGACACUGCGUGGUCAAGCUGAUCCCGUGGCCCCUGGGAGAGGCCGAGCUCGGCUGCAAAACCUCGGAGUGCAAGAGCCGGGGUGGCAAAGCGGAGACCUGGAGCCGUGGGGCAGCCAAGGAGAAGACUCUGGAGUGUGGGCAGAUCGUUUGGGGCCUGGCCUUCAGUGCCUGGCCCGCAGCUGAGGAUGGGGACACAGAUCCUGCCUGUGCCGUGGGGCUUCCCUGCCUGGUCCUGGCCACCGGGCUCAACGAUGGGCAGAUCAAGGUGUGGGAGGUGCAGACAGGGCACCUCCUCUUCAGCCUCUUGGGACACCAGGAUGUUGUCAGGGACCUGAGCUUUGCUCCCAAUGGAAGUCCCAUCCUCGUGUCGGCCUCGCGGGACAAGACCUUGCGCGUGUGGGACCUGAGCAGGGAUGGGCGGCAGGUGCAGGUGCUGUCAGGCCACGUGCAGUGGGUCUACUGCUGCUCCAUCUCCCCAGACUGCAGCAUGCUCUGCUCUGCUGCUGGUGAGAAGUCGGCACUGCUGUGGAGCAUGAGAUCCUACACCCUCAUCCGGAGGCUGGAGGGCCACCAGAGCAGCGUGGUGUCCUGUGACUUCUCCCCGGACUCUGCGCUCCUUGUCACCGCGUCCUACGACGCCUGUGUCAUCAUGUGGGACCCCUACACCGGGGAGCAGCUCAGGACACUGCGCCACGUCCCGUUGCACUCCACGCUGGACUCCAGCAGUGAAAUCCACACCAGCUCCCUGCGCUCCGUCUGCUUCUCCCCUGAGGGGCUCUACCUGGCCACAGUGGCAGAUGACAGGCUCCUGAGGAUCUGGGCCUUGGAGCUGCGGUCCCCAGUGGCCUUUGCCCCCAUGACCAACGGUCUGUGCUGCAUGUACUUCCCUCAUGGAGGAUUCAUUGCCACAGGGACCAGGGAUGGCCACGUCCAGUUCUGGACAGCCCCGAGGGUCCUCUCGUCGCUCAAGCACUUGUGCCGCAAAGCCCUGCGCACCUUCCUCACAACCUACCAGGUGCUGGCGCUGCCCAUUCCCAGGAAGCUGAAGGAAUUCCUCACUUACCGGACUUUUUAAGGCAGCAGGGGGAGCAGAGGCAGGGAGGUGAGCCCCGGGGCUCGGCCCGGGCCGGCGGCGCUGCAGGAACGCCGAGCCGUGAGCCAGGAGCGUUGCUGCUCCAUGGUUUUGGGGCUGUGGAGGGCUUUUUUCGGUGUCAUAAUACAAAAACCCAGCAAAAUCCCACGCAGAGAGCUGUGGUGGCCCUGCAGGGGACAUGGGUGGGACACAGGUCCCCCUGUCCCCUGCUGCCUGCUGGGUUGGGUCAGGUGCUUCUGCUUCUGAGUGCAAUGGUGUGGGAUGAUGGUGGAACAGCUGCUGUGGGAGCAGAGCUGUUGUCACCUGCACAAAUAUGGGGCUAAACCCCCCCCAAAACACCCACCUGGGAAUGUCCCUCCAUCCCGCUGGAGCGUGGGCUCUGCUGCUCUCCCAGCAUGGGCAGGAGUGGGACAAGCCCGAACAGGUCUCAAUAAAUAAAAAUUGAUUCCUCAUGA